GUUCGUCCAUUAAAAUUUAGAAGGAAGCCAACUCGUUUUGCAAAGAAGACACGGCACGCGGGUAAAUUGCUCCCCAAGGCUCUUGCGCCCCAAGCCUCGUCACCAACUCCAAGAAUAGUAUAUGGGCUUUCGUUGAUUUGGCUGCUAAUUCAAGCUACAGCUAUGGCCACGAAUACGGAAAAUGAAUCUACAGUCUCAAGAGAAGUAGAGAAGCCUCCAAUUGAGCCUAUACGGUUGCCUUCGGUGGAGGAGAUUCGAGGCCAAGACAUUUGGAACAACUGUGCUGUGCGUAGUGUUGUUAGUGGAGUUAUGGGUGGUGGGCUUGGAUUGAUGAUGGGCUUGCUUCUUGGGGCGUUAGACACUCCUCUAAUGCAAGACGAAAUGACUGGCAGACAGCAGUUCAUAUACCAAGCAAAGCAGAUGGGCCGGAGGAGUUGGAGUUCUGCAAGAGCAUUUGCAGUUAUGGGGUUUGUUUUCUCAGCUGCUGAGUGUGUUGUUGAAAAGGCACGAGCUAAACAUGACACAACAAAUACAGUUGUUGCUGGAUGUGUAACUGGAGGUGCACUGUCAGCAAAAGGCGGUCCACAAGCAGCCUGUGUUGGUUGUGCUGGUUUUGCUGCAUUUUCAGUGCUGAUAGAGAAGUUUUUGGAUAGACAUGAUUGAAUUUGAGGGCAUUGCUAUGUUGCCCCAUUUUUGCAGACUGAAAGUACGACAGAUCAGUAGAAGAGAAAUAGCAUCUUGGCCUGCAGUAAUACAGAUGUUUUUGCUUAGAUUCAACUUCAGCCCUUGUUAUUAUUAUUUAUCCCCGUUUAUAAAGGGAUGUACCAGCUAAAUUACAAAGCCAAUCAUUUUGUAUUAUGUUAUUCUGUUGACUGCAGUUCCAGUUUCAUAAUUUGAAUAGAGGAUAUGUAACUGAGGAAAUUGAAUGGAUUAUAGAGAAUGUUUGCUGCAAGAUUCAAAUAAAUACGUAGAAGGGAA